AUGGACCAAACAUAUGCAGAAUGGCGACAUAUGAUGGACGACAUAGGCGAAGGGCCAGCAAAACCAGAGCCUUUGGUCUCGCAGAUACAGUUCACAGCUCCACCAACGCCGUCCAAUAUCUCACUGAUUCCGCAUCUUGAGAGUGCCCAUCAUAUCUUCUCACAAGCAUUCAACGUCGAUAUCCGUCUACUGAUUUGGCCAGAAAGCUGGUUCCCAGGAGAUGAGCGACUGAGUCCUUUGUGGCUUCGACCUUGGAUUAAAUUUCCUCAACUCCAAGAUGAGAUGUGGAAGAAAAUCGUCGACGCACCCGAAUUCGUCAAUGCAUGUAUUUUUCCUCCACAACCCUCAAUCCAAUACACGGCUCAGCUCGUGAAAUGGUACUCGGUGUAUUCGGAAGACACUUUGAAACAAUUUGCGCACCGAACGAUAGACGACUUUCUCGCCAUACUUGUUGAUUUUUUGGAACGCGAACCAGCACUGAGAUACAUGUUCAGUGCCCGCGGACAAUUGAACUUCGACCGCCCACGUCAUUGCUGCAUUUCCGUUGCGAAAUGCGGAUUCGAAGAGCCAGCGUUCGCAGUAUUGUAUAUUCCACCAGUUUGUCUGACUCUGCCCGAACUGGUUGCAGGGUUGCGCGCGGUAUCACCGGUGGAAGUCUUCGACAAAGAUCCGAAGACAUUCGAGGACUAUGCCUCCGCCAUAGUUAUUCGUGCGAUUGCUCGUAUCUAUUCAAGGAUGAUGGGCGCUGGAAUCCAGUAUGGGUAUAUCUACACAGGAGAGGCUUUGGUGUUUCUUCACAUCGACCCAAAAGACUGUACCGCGAUGGAAUACUACCUUUGUGUUCCUGGCCGAGACGUGGUUUCUCAUGGUUAUGACGCACAUUCAAACUGGGUUCGCCGUACGGCUUUGGGCCAAAUCCUCGCUUUCACACUGCAAUCUUUAGCCGCCAGUCCACCAACGCAGGAAUGGCAGGACGCAGUUUAUCAAUCCUAUCGUCCUCUCGGAGACGACUACUCAAUCCUCUUGCCCCAAGCCCCGGAUGAUAUUCGAUUCAACCCACCAGCAGAGUUUAUGUAUGAAGACUCAUUUUGGACUAGGUUCUGGGGUAAUCUUCUGCAAGCAAACAUAAAAAUGGAUGAUCCUGAUAGCCCUGGCUCACAAGGCUCUGGGUCAGACAUUUGCAGGCCUUACUGUACCCAGGCAUGCCUCCUCGGCACUUUUGAGAAGGGAGUUCUGGAUGAAAACCGUCCGAACGUUUCAGAGCACGGCACGACAAGGCAUCAUCAGCUCAGUGCACAGGAGAUCUGCGACAGGCUGAAUGAACAACUUCGAGAGAAUCGUUACAGAGGGUUCCAACAGCUGCACAUUAUUGGUCGAACCUGUUAUCUAUUAAAAGCAACAUUGCGGUCUCAUGGAUACACGAUGAUGAUCAAGGCCACCAACGCCAGGCAGUCGCGCAGGAUCAAAGCUGAAUUGGCCAACUACCAGAAUCUGAAAUCCUUGCAGGGAUCUCUAAUUCCUGUAUGUCUUGGUAUGUUUCAGCCUAAGAUCCCAUAUUGGUAUCAUGGGCUUCAAAUGAACUACAUGUUGCUCCUCAGCUGGUCUGGAAUUCGAACUGACGAACAUACAACCACACCCGAAACGAAUCAGUACCUCGAACAAGAGGUGCAGAAACUUGAGGAUGUCUUUCAUGAACAUGGAGUUGUGCACAAAGAUGUAGCCUUCCGCAACGUGCUGUGGAAUCCCGAGUCAGGAUCCUUUGUGAUGAUUGACUUGGAAGAUAUGAAAUGGCUGAAGGGAGCUCCACAGGGCUCGAAGGGACACCGAAGCCAUCAGACACAAUCCAGCAUAGAUGAAAUCCGGACCAGUAGCCAGGUUGGUGGAAAAGACAAUAAUCUUUGGUUUUGGCGUUCACACAAAGUAUUGUGA